AAAUUCUAAAUUCAGUCAUUUGCAAAUGUUCAAGACUAAAUCAAUAUAUAUAUUUAUAACCAAUUCAGGGAGAAACCUUAUCCUAUGGUUUUGUUUUUGAUUAGGGAGGAUCAUUAAUAUUUUAAAAUAAUAUUAUAAAAGUAUGUAUUGAAUUAGGAAAGUACUGAAUUUUAAAGUAACUGUUCUUAUUUAUAGGGGGAUAUGUCAUAUCCUUUGGCCGUUGUGUAAAAAUAAAAUAUUAACAAAAUGUAUUUUUUUAAGUAUCAUACUAGCAUCUUACUUUAACUUUAGUUUUUGGUAUAAGAGCACCACCUAUGGGUUUCUCAUGUAUUUGGAUUUUUUUUCUUAACACCUGAUAAAACAAAAACAUAAUAAAAUUCUUUCUCGUUUUUGUCUAUAAUUAAUCUAUCCAUUUAUUUAAAAGUUAGCAAUUUUCUGCCUUGUUAUAAAUUACUCCCACCUAGUUUUUGGCUGUGUCUCACUGCUAUUAAAUCAGCUGUUUUUGAAUACUUAUAUGCUAAUACAGUGUUAUAAUUCUGAGUUAAAUAUAACUUAACUCAAAAUUGUAUUAUUUAAUGUAGAUGAAUCUUUUAAUGAAAAUGAACAAUGUUCUAUAUUCUGGGGAAGGGGUAAUGAGUAUUUUUGCCUGUUUAUUUGUAUGUUUAUUUAUUUCUUCCUGAACUUAAGUAUUCCUUUAGCAUAUUACUCCAGAAUACUUUAGUUAAGAGAUAAUGAAAAAGAUCAUCUUAUAAAUGACUUACGGUAUUUUUUCAUUAAAUUACUGUAAUGAUAACUCAGAAUGAAGUAGAAGCAAAACUUUGCCACUUUAUUAUUAAUAAGCUCUUAAAAUAAAAUUACAUUUGGAUAAUUUUAGUUUUUUAAAAAAACAUUGUUCAUCAGAAUUAAAAUUUUUUUUAAGGGAAAUUUACUCCUAAUGAAACUGACGGGAAUGACAACAGCAAAAAAUAAUUUGAAAGCUUUGACUAUGCCUGGGCAAUGAGGUGUAUGCUAAGUUCUUGGUGUAUCUGUGUGUUCUGUGCCACGAAUAUCUAUGUUCUAAAAAGUGAUUCAAAACAAGAUCUCUUUGCUUGUGGAGAGACUCCAGAACAAAUUCGAGCACCAAGUGGUAUAAUCACGAGCCCAGGCUGGCCUUCUGAAUAUCCUGCCAAAAUCAACUGUAGCUGGCUCAUAAGGGCAAACCCAGGGGAAAUCAUUACUAUAAGUUUUCAGGAUUUUGAUAUUCAAGGGUCCAGAAGGUGCAGCUUGGAUUGGUUGACAAUAGAAACAUACAAGAAUAUUGAAAGUUACAGAGCUUGUGGUUCCACAAUUCCACCACCAUAUAUCUCUUCACAAGACCACGUCUGGAUCAGGUUUCAUUCGGAUGACAGUAUCUCUAGAAAGGGUUUCAGGCUGGCAUAUUUUUCAGGGAAAUCUGAGGAACCAAACUGUGCUUGUGAUCAGUUUCGCUGUGGCAAUGGAAAGUGUAUCCCGGAAGCCUGGAAAUGUAACAACAUGGAUGAAUGUGGGGAUAGUUCUGAUGAAGAGAUCUGUGCCAAAGAAGCUAAUCCUCCAACAGCUGCUGCUUUUCAACCCUGUGCUUACAACCAGUUCCAAUGUCUGUCCCGUUUUACCAAAGUUUAUACUUGCCUCCCAGAAUCGUUAAAAUGUGAUGGGAACAUUGACUGCCUUGACCUAGGAGAUGAGAUAGACUGUGAUGUGCCAACUUGUGGGCAGUGGUUAAAAUAUUUUUAUGGUACUUUUAAUUCUCCCAAUUAUCCAGACUUUUAUCCUCCUGGAAGCAAUUGCACCUGGUUAAUAGACACAGGUGAUCACCGUAAAGUCAUUUUGCGCUUCACUGACUUUAAACUUGAUGGUACUGGUUAUGGUGAUUAUGUGAAAAUAUAUGAUGGAUUAGAAGAGAAUCCUCAUAAGCUUUUGCGUGUGUUAACUGCUUUUGAUUCUCAUGCACCUCUUACAGUUGUUUCUUCUUCUGGACAGAUAAGGGUACAUUUUUGUGCUGAUAAAGUGAAUGCUGCAAGGGGAUUUAAUGCUACUUACCAAGUAGAUGGCUUCUGUUUGCCGUGGGAAAUACCCUGUGGAGGUAACUGGGGGUGUUAUACUGAACAGCAGCGUUGCGACGGGUAUUGGCAUUGUCCAAAUGGAAGAGAUGAAAUCAAUUGUACCAUGUGCCAAAAGGAAGAAUUUCCGUGUUCCCGUAAUGGUGUCUGUUAUCCUCGUUCUGAUCGCUGCAACUACCAGAACCAUUGCCCAAAUGGCUCAGAUGAAAAAAACUGCUUUUUUUGCCAGCCAGGAAAUUUUCAUUGUAAAAACAAUCGUUGUGUGUUUGAAAGCUGGGUGUGUGAUUCUCAAGAUGACUGUGGUGACGGCAGUGACGAGGAGAAUUGCCCAGUAAUUGUGCCUACCAGAGUCAUCACUGCAGCCGUCAUAGGAAGCCUUAUCUGUGGCCUGUUACUCGUCAUUGCAUUGGGAUGUACUUGUAAACUUUAUUCUCUGAGAAUGUUUGAACGAAGAUCAUUUGAAACACAGUUGUCGAGAGUGGAAGCAGAAUUGUUAAGAAGAGAAGCUCCUCCCUCUUAUGGACAAUUGAUAGCUCAGGGUUUAAUUCCACCCGUUGAAGAUUUUCCUGUUUGUUCACCUAAUCAGGCUUCUGUUUUGGAAAACCUGAGGCUAGCUGUACGAUCCCAGCUUGGAUUCACUUCAAUCAGGCUUCCUAUGGCAGGCAGGUCCAGCAACAUUUGGAACCGCAUUUUUAAUUUUGCAAGAUCACGUCAUUCAGGGUCAUUGGCUUUGGUCUCAGCAGAUGGAGAUGAGGUCGUCCCUAGUCAAAAUACGAGCAGAGAACCUGAAAGAAAUCAUUCUCACAGAAGUUUGUUUUCCGUGGAGUCUGAUGAUACAGACACAGAAAAUGAGAGAAGAGAGACAGCAGGAGCAUCUGGUGGGGUUGCAGCUCCUUUGCCCCAAAAAGUCCCUCCCACAACAGCAGUGGAAGCAACAGUAGGCGCAUGUGCAAGUUCCUCAACUCACAGUACCCGAGGUGGUCAAACAGAUAACGGAAGGGAUGUGACCAGUGUGGAACCCCCAAGCGUGAGUCCAGCACGUCACCAGCUUACAAGCGCGCUAAGUCGUAUGACUCAGGGGCUACGUUGGGUACGUUUUACAUUAGGGCGAUCAAGUUCCGUAAAUCAGAACCAGAGUCCUUUGAGACAACUUGAUAAUGGGGUAAACGGAAGAGAAGAAGAUGAUGAUGUCGAAAUGCUAAUUCCAGUUUCUGAUGGAGCUUCAGACUUUGAUGUGAAUGACUGCUCCAGACCUCUUCUUGAUCUUACCUCAGAUCAAGGACAAGGGCUUAGACAACCGUAUAAUGCAACAAACCCUGGAGUAAGGCCAAGUAAUCGAGAUGGCCCCUGUGAGCGCUGUGGUAUUGUCCACACUGCCCAGAUACCAGACACUUGCUUAGAAGCAACACUGAAAAACGAAACGAGUGAUGAUGAAGCUUUGUUACUUUGCUAGGUACGAAUCACCUAAGAGAGAUUGUAUACAAGUUGGAGCAAUAUCCAUUUAUUGUUUUGUAACUUUACAAUUAAACUAGUUUUAGUUUAAAAAGAAAACAAAAUGCAGGGUUAUUUCUUAUUAUUAUAUAUUAGCCUGCAUGGUUAAAUUAACUUGUAACUCUAUGAACUUAGAGUUUACUAUUUUAGCAGCUAAAAAUACAUUAUGUAUUCAUAUUGUUCAAUAAUGUUCUUUCAUUUGUUUCUAAUUGUUUUUAUCCUGGUACUGUAGUUCACUGUAGAAAUAUGGCUGCUGAAACUCAUUUGACUGUCAUUUUAUCUACCCUAUGUUAAAAGGUUUGUUUGUGCAAAAUAGUACCUUAUUUUAAUUGAAACUUUUAUGCUUUUGCCAACACAUCUUUUAACAGUAUACUAGAUGUUAAGGUUGUUAAUGUAUGAAAAACCGCCUAUACUCACCUGUGUUUUUAUUUAUAUAACAUUUGUCUCUUACUGGAUUUCAUCAUAAUAUGAGCUUGUCAAAGGGAAAAAAAACUUUCUCUAAAAAUUUUUCUUACAUUUAACAUGCAGUGAUGUGAAAUUUAGGUAGAGUUAGAUAAAUUAAUGGCAAAAACAAAACUCUUUUAUAGAUUUUCUAAUGUUGACUUUAAUACACUAAUAUGGUACAAACCAAAUGGUAAAAUCCCAAGUCACUUCUUUUUUCAUCUCUAUUAAGGGACAGAAUUAAGCGGACAAAGAUACUCUACUAUGCAUUAAAUCUUGAACUUUAUAAAUAUGUACAAAAAUUGUACAAGAUAAGUUCCAGCUGGUAAUGUCUUUCCCUAAUAUAGGGUUUUGCUUGUAUUGGACCCUAGGGAUUUGCACUAAAAUUAUAUCAAGGUCUCAGAUGAGUUUAGUGCACAAGCACUAUCACUUUAAAUACUAUUAUUUGCUACCACAAUGACUCUAUAUUUCCAUAGCUGGGAGGGGGGGGCCUUUUUAUUACAACUUGAAAUUGCUUUGCUGUUUUCAUAUUUAUUUGUUGUAUUUAAAAAAUACAUUAUUGUAAGAGUGAUUCUUUUUUCAAUAUAUUUUAUUCAUGGGGGGAUCAUGCUACAGUCUUGAAAAGAAAAUUAAAUCAUUUGGAUUGUCCCCCCUUUUUAAGGAGAGUGAAUUGCAAAACCCCACUUAUUUUUUUUAUUGUCAAUUCCUGUUUAUUUAUUCUUUAGCUGUCUAUUUUAGUAGUUUGAUGAUUGAGUAUGAAAAAUGUAUUUGUGAUUAUUGCUAUUUAUUAAAUUUUAAGUACUUUGCUGAAUGUCAUUUUAAAGCAUGUUUGAGGUCUUGUGUAUUUGUCGUGUUAUGCUGUCAGGACGAACUGACUAAAAUGUUUUAGUAUGUAUCAAAAAUUAAAAUGAUUUUUUUUAUUGCCUUGAGGUACUUU